AACAUAGCUAACCUCUUCACAUCUAGAGCAAGAACCUAAUCGCCAUGUCAGAUGAUGAAGUUUCCUUUGAUGGAAACCUCUUUGAAGAACCAGAAGAUUUCUUGCCUCCGCCACCAGAAUCACAUUUUGCCAAAUAUACCCGAAAAGUCGUUCAUGAUAACCAACCACAAGAAAUCACCCUUAAAUUAGUUGGGAAAUCUCCACUUUGGGGACAUUUAUUAUGGAAUGCCGGUAUUUAUACCGCUGACUAUUUGGAUAAACAUGCUGAAGAUUUAGUCAAGGGCAAGAAAAUCCUUGAAUUAGGUGCUGCUGCUGGUUUACCUUCCUUGAUCUGUUCUCUUAAUCAAGCUUCCGAAGUUGUAUGCACAGACUACCCUGAUGCUGAUUUGAUAUCACAUAUUGAUUACAAUUUCAAAGAUUUGGAACUGAAAACAAAGUUAUGUGACUAUAGAGUUCAAGGUUAUAUAUGGGGGCAAGAUGUUAGUCCUUUGGUUUACAAUAAGGAAGAAGUUGUAAAUAUCAAAGAAGAAGAUAAAUUCGAUCUCAUAAUCUUGAGUGAUUUGGUUUUUAACCAUACAGAACAUCAUAAAUUAUUAGCUACAUGCCGCAAAAGUUUAAAGUCUAACGGGAAAUGUCUUGUUGUGUUCAGUCCUCAUCGUGCCUGGCUACUCGAAGAGGAUUUAAAAUUCUUUGUUACUUGUGAAGAAUACGACCUUAAGGCAGAAAAGAUUGAAUUGGUUAAUUGGAAACCAAUGUUCGAAGAAGAUGAAGAAUCUGCAGAGAUUAGAUCGAGAGUUUACUCAUAUUUCUUAAACCCUCAAUGGUAAAUGUUAUAGAUAGCACACGUAGAUAAUUCCUUGUACAUAAUAUACAUUAGGAAUAGUCUUAACGUCAAUCCACUAAUACUACUUGCUUUUUCUUAUUGUACUUUGUAUAUUAUCCUUAUCCAAAAUGAU